ACCCCUUCUUCAAGCCACCGAUCUGCAAUGACGUCCGUCAUCUGUCGGCAGCGUGACACCCAGCGCACCAGAAACAGGUUUUAGAUCACGUCCUAAAGCUAUCAUACAACAACACCUUUACACAAACUAGCCCUUUCAGAACACUGCCAACAAAUCAGCAACCAUGAACUCCCUCAGAUCAGCAGGCAACUGGAUCUCCAACAAGACAAAGGGCGGCGCCCACUCCGCCAGCAAGGAGACAAAUAAACAAAUUGCCAAAGACCCUCAUGUCCGGACUUCCACUCGCCUGCGAGCCGCAGGGAACGCCAUGAAGGACAAGGUGCACGAGACGAAUUACAAUCGCCAGGCAGAUGUGAACAGGCAUGCGGCCAAGCAUAAUUACUGAUCUGUCGCACACCGUCCUUGCUGUGUUUGUUAGUGGAAGCUCAGUGGACAGCUGGAGGAUGACAGAAAGGCCUUCGGGGACCAAGACUGGUUAUCCAUUGCCAGAAUGACUUGCGAGAAGCAUUGCGACUGUCCAACUGAUGUUGCUGACGACAUGAUAUCCUUGUAUUAUUACGAUUGCGCGGGAAGUUGUUUCUCAUAGAUCAAGAUUGAAGAUUCAUUGACGAGAAUUCCGACCUCAGUCUUUCUCAUCUGCUUCUCCCGUUGUCAUUGCUUUCGUUGCCCGAAGCCAGCCUUUUUU